CGAAAAAAAAUAAAAUAAAAUAAAAAAUAAAGGAAAGGCAGGUUAGCGAGACGAAGGAAGGGCAGAAGCAGUGGAGCAGAAAGAGAGAGAGAGAGAGAGAGAGAGAGAGAGAGAGAGUCCGGUGAGACCAGUAGAGGGGGGACGUCGGCGGUGAGCUAAGAGUAUAGAGAAAAAGAGGAAGAGUGGGAAGCAAAACUUCCUUCGCCGUUUCCGGUCAUUUUUGGCACCGGCGGAACUCGAAAGCCUUUCUCUGAAAUCGCUAGAAGUUGUUUCUGCCGCAAAAUCUGCAAAUGUUGAAGAUUUGAAAGCUUGUUCCCUGAAGAUUUUAACCUCCAAUCGUUGAAACGGCUGCAGUUUCAGAGCGUCACCACCCCAUCGCAGUUGCCGGAGUAUAGAGAACGCCCAGCAAGUGACGGCGUCGCUCGUUGAAUCCAAUAGCCGUGUCAUCGUCUGUAAAGAAUAAUUGUAGGUGGAUUUGCUUUCACAAUUCAUCUAUGUGCCGUAAUAGCAAGGAACAUGUAGUAUUCAUGACUCCCAAAAGCCAUUGAUGUUUGCUUCACAUCGCUUCAUUCUUCACCUAAACUUCCCGGCUAUAAUACAUAUUAAUGGUCAUGUCAAAGCCCUAACUGAUAGAAGUUAUGCUCACAUCAACCACUUGUUCGAUGCAUUUCCUCACAGAGAGCUCUACUCCCUUAACUGCCAACUCGCUUCUUUCUCUCGCAAUGGCAACUUCCUUGCCACAUGGGACCUCUUUUGCCACAUGCAUUGUUCUUGUCCUAAGUUUGAUGCUUAUACUUUCACACCAAUUCUCAGCGCUUGCUCUGCUUUGCCUGGCCCAGAACGUGGCAGACAAGUUCAUGCUCUAAUGAUCAAAACUGGCACUGAUAUAGGAACUGUGACCAAAACUGCUCUUAUUGAUAUGUAUUCCAAGUAUGGUUACUUUGGUGACUCAGUAAAGGCUUUCCAAGAAGUGAAAUUUAAAGAUGUUGUGACUUGGAAUUCUUUGCUUUCAAGUUUUGUAAAGCAUGGUCUUGCCAAGGAAGCACUUGGGGUUUUUUCAAAAAUGAGGAGGGAAGGAGUGCAAUUUAGUGAGUUCACACUGUGUUCUGUGCUUAAGGCUUGCGCCUUUAUCGAGGCUUUUCAACAAGGUAAGCAGGUUCAUGCCUUGGUGGUUGUAAUGGGCCGUGAUUUGGUUGUUUUGGGUACUGCUCUUAUUGAUUUCUACUCUAGCAUUGCGCAUAUUAGUGAAGCCAUGAAAGUCUUUUCUAGUUUGAGUUGGACGAAGGAUGAUAUAAUGUGCAAUUCUUUUAUUACUAGGUGUAUUCAGAAUAGGCGAUAUAAAGAGGCAUUUUCCAUAAUGAGUAUUAGGAAACCAAAUGUAGUUGCAUUUACUAGUGCUCUCACAGCUUGCUCUGAGAAUUUUGAUCUGUGGAUUGGUAGACAGAUCCACUGUGUGGCGACAAGAUUUGGAUUUACUUCAGAUACUCAACUGUGCAACAAAUUAAUAGACAUGUAUGCAAAAUGUGGAAAACUUUUGAAUGCUAGAUCAUUGUUUGAUGGGAUGUUUCAUAAAGAUGUUGUUUCUUGGACUAGCAUGAUUGAUGCAUAUGGUAGGCAUGGACAUGGCCAUGAAGCACUGGAACUGUUCAAUAAGAUGGAACAGGAGGGAACUAUGGUCUCCCCGAAUUCUGUGACAUUUCUUGCUGUUCUAUCAGCUUGUGGGCAUUCAGGGUUAGUGGAAGAAGGGCGAGAACUUUUCAACAUGGUUGAGAAGAAAUAUGGUUUACACCCUGGUGUGGAACAUUAUUCUUGCUUCAUAGAUAUCUUAGGCCGGGCUGGCCGAGUGGAAGAUGCAUGGUGCCUGUUUCGUGAUAUGGAGAAAAAUGGCAGUAGGCCAACAACUGCUGUAUGGGCAGCGCUUUUGAAUGCUUGCCGUCUUAAUUUGGAUGUUUCGCGAGGUGAGUUUGCUGCAAAGAAGCUCUUGGAAUUAGAACCAAAUAAUCCUGGGAAUUAUAUAAUGCUAUCCAAUUUUUAUGCGUCACUUGGAAUGUGGGAUUUUGUAGACAGCUUGAGAAGCCAAAUGAGGGAUAGUCGGCUGAUUAAGGAGGUGGGGAGUAGCUGGGUUACUGUUCCACUUAUGGUGCCAACUUCACUACAAAUUUGAAGUUUGAGAAGGGGUAUUUAAAUUUCUGCAUUUUUUAUAGACUUUGCUGACCAGGGGAAGGGGGAAAAGUAUAGGAGACGUAUAGUUGAAUGGCAAGAAAAUGAGAAGACAGAAAAGCUGUAAUGAUUCCAACAUUAUGGAUAUAUCAAUUUGGAUGAAUGCUUUAUUGAAA